UCAGGCAGUGUUUCAAAGGCCGAUGCCAUUUUUACUGAUUCAUAUAUUUUUCUCUCUCUCUCUCUCUCUCUCUCUGUUUUUUAUUUCAGGUGAGGAAGCAGCAGCCUGGGGAGGAGAGGAGGAAGCAGAGGAGGCGGUUGAGGAGGGAGGAGAGGAGGAGGAGGCAGCAGCAGAAGAGGCUGGAGAGGAGUCUGCAGUUGAGGAGGCUGUAGCGGCGGAAAACGGAGCAGAACCCGCGGAAGAGGCCUCAGUCGAGGCAGAAGCAGUGUCCGAGGCAGUCUCUGAAGAACCUGCUGUGGAGGCAGCAGCAGUAGAGGCAGAGGUGGCACCAGCGGAAGCGGAGACUGUGGUGGAGGAGAUUGCAGAGGGUGUUGCUGAGGUCGCAGAAGAGGUCGUCGAGGUGGCAAAUGAAGUGGAGGCAGCAGCAGAGGAAGUGGCCGUGGAAGAGGCUGCUGAGGAGGUAGUUGCCGUGGCAGAGCCGGAGGAGGAGAUCAACGUGGAACCAGUCAUUCUGGCAGCAGCCUCUGCUUUGGAGGUGACGACAGUCGCUGAAGUGGUCAAAGAAGUGGUUGUGCCUAUUGUAGAAGAAGUCGAAGAGGCCGCCCCAGUGGAGGCCGCCCCAGCUGCAGUGGAGGCGGCACCAGCUGCAGUGGAGGAGGCCCCAGCUGCAGUGGAGGAGGCCCCAGCUGCAGUGGAGGAGGCCCCAGCUGCAGUGGAGGAGGCAACAGCUGCCCCACUUGAGGCUGCACCCGUAGAAGAGGCCCCAGCUGCAGUGGAGGAGGCCACAGCUGCAGUGGAGGAGGCAACAGCUGCCCCACUUGAGGCUGCACCCAUAGAAGAGGCCCCAGCUGCAGUGGAGGAGGCCACAGCUGCAGUGGAGGAGGCAACAGCUGCCCCACUUGAGGCUGCACCCAUAGAAGAGGCACCAGCUGCAGUGGAGGAGGCCCCAGCUGCAGUGGAGGAGGCCCCAGCUGCAGUGAAGGAGCCCCCAGCUGCCCCACUUGAAGCUGCACCCAUAGAAGAGGCCCCGGCUGCAGUGGAGGAGGCCCCGGCUACAGUGGAAGAGGCCCCGGCUGCAGUGGAGGAGGCCCCGGCUGCAGUGGAGGAGGCUGCAGUGGAGGAGGCCCCAGCUGCCCCACUUGAGGCCACACCUGUAGAAGAGGCCCCAACCGUAGAAGAGGCCCCACCUGAGGUGGAGGAGGCUGCAGUGGAGGAGGCCCCAGCUGCCCCACCCGUAGAAGAGGCCCCACCCGUAGAAGUGGCUGCGGUGGAAGAGGCUGCGAUGGAAGAGGCCCCAGCUGCAGUGGAGGCUGCCCCAGUUGUGGUGGUGGCACCUGUGGAGGCGCCCAAGAAGGAGUACAUUGUAGUGGUGCUGGAGGGAGCAGCCAAGACUGAAAAGAGGCCCAAAGUCCUGGGGGUCGGCCCCAUGACCGGCAGGAUCAUCCCAUCUCCAGAUGAUGAUGAGGCCCCUGCUGCUGAGGUAACAGGGCAAGCGACGGCUGCUUAGGAUGCAGAUGCAGUAGAACCACCUGACAGUAAGCACUUGGAGCCCCUGGAUGAUAUAUAGUUUCUCUACCCUGAGGGAGAAGAGGGGAUGUGCCUUCCCUAACCCCUCCACACACUUUGACCUUUGACCCUUGAUAUUGAAUAUUGAUCUGUAGUAUAAAACUUGUCUUCCCGUCUUGAUCUAGGGAAUUAUCUGUGUAUAUAUUCAGAUAAUGCCUGCUUUAUGGAAAAAUACAUGAUCUGGUAUAUUUUUCUAGAUGUACAACACCCCCCAAAAAUACCCCUCCCCCCCAAAAAGUCCCCCUCCGUCACACCGGGCAAGCUAAAUUAUAAUAAUCUGGGAAUAUUUGGCCAUGGAAACUUUCCUGGUUGACGUCAGGAGAAUGUAACUGUUUGCCAAAGUUACACAAGUUUGCCAAAAUACCUUAGACUAACUAUUGGACUGAAAUAGUUAUAUAUUAACUUACUUUUGUAGCUCUCCAUUAGAAGCUCGCUGGAACUGGGCCCGGCAGAAUUUGACCCAAUGUGAUUGGUUGACGAUAUGACACAUUGGCUCGCUAGACCUAUACCCUACGUUUUGUCGGGUUGGAAUGCAAUCAAUGUCUAUUCUGAUCAAAUGAAUGGGAACUCUAAAUUGAAAUACGCAGUGGUGGAAAAAGUACUACAUUUUAAUACUUGAGUUAAAGUAAAGAUGCCUUAAUAGAAAAUGACUCAAGUAAAAGUGAA